UUUUGGAGGCAUGCGAGAAAACGGGUAUAAAAGCUCUAGUAGGCAACCCAUGGAAAAUGAAAAAAUGUACCCAUCUCAUUAGCGCAGUAGCCUCAUGCACCGAAACAAUAAUGAUCGCACUAAUCAAAGGCAUUCCUAUAAUUGACUCGACAUGGUUAUCAGAGCUUGCAUCCGAGGCGUAUAUGAAAAGAAUGCAACAUUCUUACACGCUUCCAGACUACAGACUACAUCUACCACCAAUAUCGUUCUCAAUACCCACCUCACCAUCUUCAUCUUCCACAAUAACGAUAACAGAAGAUAACCGUGUACUUUCAGUCAACAAUAAACGUCGCACACUAUUCAAAGAUACGGUAUUUGUCUCACUUGACAAAAGUGACCCCUCUCUCUCCUUAAACACAAAACUAAUUCAAGAAGGUGGUGGCACCGUUAUCAAAGUGGAUCUCAAUCCGAUCAUCAGCGAGGACGAUUUCCAGGUGUUUAUGACAAUGGAGUUGCUGGCGCCGCUUCA